UCGGACGGAGCCUUUCACUCUUGUCUUCAUGGCAAAUUGUGGCUUAAUGUGUUUCUGAAACCUGGAUAUCUUACAAACAGGAUGGUGAACUGGUUGGCAUGUGUGGUAGUGUGUAAUGUUCUGAUCGGUGGUAUUCAUCAAACAAGAGGUUGUGGUGGGACCUAUAGGCGACAGUCAGGAACGAUUACAUCCCCAAACUACCCUUACACAUAUGCCAACCAUCUGUCCUGCACAUAUGUAAUUACCCCCAGUAAGCUGAUCGGACUUAAAUUUGAAACGUUCAACACAGAGAGCAGUUAUGACUAUGUGAAGGUGUACGAUGUCUCCAACAACCUGCUGGUAUCUCUGUCUGGUUCACACAAUGGCUACACAGUCCCGUCGUCCACCUACUACCGUGUGGAAUUUACAACAGAUUAUUCGAUAGGAUCUUCCGGCUUCAGAGCUGUAUGGAUAUCUGCUCCUACGAUAUCUGGUCUACCUUCCACAUACCGAGUGAACAAGUCCAGUAGAUUGCGGCUAGACUGUAGUUUCUACACACGGUCAGCUACAACACCUACAUACAGGUGGACGAACAGAGGGUUAACUGUUAGCACAGGGGCCGUACUCAACAUAGUCAACAUCAACAAGAAUCAAGCUGGACGGUACACCUGCACUGCCACGGACACAGUGGGGGCUGACUCAGCAGCUGUCAAUGUGGUGGUACAAUAUUCACCUGCCAUAUCUGGCCUCCCAUCAACAUACCAAUUGAAUGAGUCAGCUACUUUAAGACUGGACUGUAGUUCAUAUACAACACAUGGCAACCCUUCUGCAACAACCUACAGUUGGUCACAUGGAGGAUCAUCUGUCACUAGAGGAGCUGUACUGACAAGAAGCAGCAUCAAUAGGAGUAAGGGAGGGGAAUACAGUUGUACUGCCAGUAACACAGUAGGAUCAGACAUUGCCUCCGUCAACGUAACCAUACUAUAUUCACCUGCCAUAUCUGGCCUCCCAUCCACGUACCAAGUGACUGAGUCAGCUACUUUAAGACUGGACUGUAGUAUAUAUACAACACAUGGCAACCCACAAGCAACAACCUACAGUUGGUCACAUGGAGGGUCAACUGUCAGUAGAGGAGCUGUACUGACAAGAAGCAGCAUCAAUAGGAGUCAAGGAGGGGCGUACACCUGUACUGCCAGAAAUACAGUAGGAUCAGACUCUGCCUCCGUCAACGUGACCAUACUAUAUUCACCUGACAUAUCUGGCCUCCAUUCAACGUACCAAGUGACUGAGUCAGCUACUUUAAGACUGGACUGUAGUUCAUAUACAACACAUGGCAACCCUUCUGCAACAACCUACACUUGGUCACAUGGAGGGUCAACUGUCAGUAGAGGAGCUGUACUGACAAGAAGCAGCAUCAAUAGGAGUAAGGGAGGGGAAUACAGUUGUACUGCCAGUAACACAGUAGGAUCAGACAUCGCCUCCGUCAACGUAACCAUACUAUAUUCACCUGACAUAUCUGGCCUCCCAUCCACGUACCAAGUGACUGAGUCAGCUACUUUAAGACUGGACUGUAGUUCACACACAACACAUGGCAACCCUUCUGCAACAACCUACAGUUGGUCACAUGGAGGGUCAACUGUCAGUAGAGGAGCUGUACUGACAAAAAGCAGCAUCAGUAGGAGUCAGGGAGGGGCGUACACCUGUACUGCCAGAAACACAGUAGGAUCAGAAUCUGCCUCCGUCAACGUAGACGUAAGAUAUUCACCUGAUAUAUCUGGCCUCCCAUCCACGUACCAAGUGACUGAGUCAGCUACUUUAAGACUGGACUGUAGUUCAUAUACAACACAUGGCAACCCUUCUGCAACAACCUACAGUUGGUCACAUGGAGGGUCAUCUGUCGGUAGAAGAGCUGUACUGACAAGAAGCAGCAUCAGUAGGAGUCAGGGAGGGGCGUACACCUGUACUGUCAGGAACACAGUAGGAUCAGACUCUGCCUCCGUCAACGUGACCAUACUAUAUUCACCUGACAUAUCUGGCCUCCCAUCCACGUACCAAGUGACUGAGUCAGCUACUUUAAGACUGGACUGUAGUUCACACACAACACAGGGCAACCCAUCUGCAACAACCUACAGUUGGUCACGUGGAGGGUCAUCUGUCGGUAGAGGAGCUGUACUGACAAGAAGCAGCAUCAGUAGGAGUCAGGGAGGGGCGUACACCUGUACUGCCAGAAACACAGUAGGAUCAGAAUCUGCCUCCGUCAACGUAGACGUAAGAUAUUCACCUGAAAUAUCUGGCCUCCCAUCCACGUACCAAGUGACUGAGUCAGCCACUUUAAGGCUGGACUGUAGUUCAUAUACAACACAGGGCAAUCCUUCUGCAACAUCCUACACUUGGUCACAUGGAGGGUCAACUGUCGGUAGAGGAGCUGUACUGACAAGAAGCAGCAUCAGUAGGAGUCAGGGAGGGGCGUACACCUGUACUGUCAGAAACACAGUAGGAUCGGACUCUGCCUCCGUCAACGUGACCAUACUAUAUUCACCUGAAAUAUCUGGCCUCCCAUCCACGUACCAAGUGAAUGAGUCAGCUACUUUAAGACUGGACUGUAGUUCAUAUACAAGACAGGGCAACCCACAAGCAGCAACCUACAGUUGGUCACAUGGAGGGUCAUCUGUCGGUAGAGGAGCUGUACUGACAAGAAGCAGCAUCAGUAGGAGUCAGGGAGGGGCGUACACCUGUACUGUCAGAAACACAGUAGGAUCAGACUCUGCCUCCGUCAACGUAACCAUACUAUAUUCACCUGAAAUAUCUGGCCUCCCAUCAACGUUCCAAGUGACUGAGUCAGCUACUUUAAGACUGGACUGUAGUUCAUAUACAACACAUGGCAACCCUUCUGCAACAACCUACAGUUGGUCACAUGGAGGGUCAUCUGUCGGUAGAAGAGCUGUACUGACAAGAAGCAGCAUCAGUAGGAGUCAGGGAGGGGCGUACACCUGUACUGUCAGAAACACAGUAGGAUCAGACUCUGCCUCCGUCAACGUGACCAUACUAUAUUCACCUGCCAUAUCUGGCCUCCCAUCAACAUACCAAGUGACUGAGUCAGCUACUUUAAGACUGGACUGUAGUUCAUAUACAACACAUGGCUACCCUUCUGCAACAACCUACAGUUGGUCACAUGGAGGGUCAACUGUCAGUAGAAGAGCUGUACUGACAAGAAGCAGCAUCAGUAGGAGUCAGGGAGGGGCGUACACCUGUACUGCCAGAAACACAGUAGGAUCAGAUUCUGCCUCCGUCAACGUAGACGUAAGAUAUUCACCUGAAAUAUCUGGCCUCCCAUCCACGUACCAAGUGAAUGAGUCAGCUACUUUAAGACUGGACUGUAGUUCAUAUACAAGACAGGGCAACCCACAAGCAGCAACCUACAGUUGGUCACAUGGAGGGUCAUCUGUCGGUAGAAGAGCUGUACUGACAAGAAGCAGCAUCAGUAGGAGUCAGGGAGGGGCGUACACCUGUACUGUCAGAAACACAGUAGGAUCAGACUCUGCCUCCGUCAACGUAACCAUACUAUAUUCACCUGAAAUAUCUGGCCUCCCAUCAACGUUCCAAGUGACUGAGUCAGCUACUUUAAGACUGGACUGUAGUUCAUAUACAACACAUGGCAACCCUUCUGCAACAACCUACAGUUGGUCACAUGGAGGGUCAUCUGUCGGUAGAAGAGCUGUACUGACAAGAAGCAGCAUCAGUAGGAGUCAGGGAGGGGCGUACACCUGUACUGUCAGAAACACAGUAGGAUCAGACUCUGCCUCCGUCAACGUGACCAUACUAUAUUCACCUGACAUAUCUGGCCUCCAUUCAACGUACCAGGUGACUGAGUCAGCUACUUUAAGACUGGACUGUAGUUCAUAUACAACACGUGGCAACCCUUCUGCAACAACCUACACUUGGUCACAUGGAGGGUCAACUGUCAGUAGAGGAGCUGUACUGACAAGAAGCAGCAUCAAUAGGAGUAAGGGAGGGGAAUACAGUUGUACUGCCAGUAACACAGUAGGAUCAGACAUCGCCUCCGUCAACGUAACCAUACUAUAUUCACCUGACAUAUCUGGCCUCCCAUCCACGUACCAAGUGACUGAGUCAGCUACUUUAAGACUGGACUGUAGUUCACACACAACACAUGGCAACCCUUCUGCAACAACCUACAGUUGGUCACAUGAAGGGUCAACUGUCAGUAGAAGAGCUGUACUGACAAAAAGCAGCAUCAGUAGGAGUCAGGGAGGGGCGUACACCUGUACUGCCAGAAACACAGUAGGAUCAGACUCUGCCUCCGUCAACGUAGACGUAAGAUAUUCACCUGAUAUAUCUGGCCUCCCAUCCACGUACCAAGUGAAUGAGUCAGCUACUUUAAGACUGGACUGUAGUUCAUAUACAACACAUGGCAACCCUUCUGCAACAACCUGCAGUUGGUCACAUGGAGGGUCAUCUGUCGGUAGAAGAGCUGUACUGACAAGAAGCAGCAUCAGUAGGAGUCAGGGAGGGGCGUACACCUGUACUGUCAGGAACACAGUAGGAUCAGACUCUGCCUCCGUCAACGUGACCAUACUAUAUUCACCUGGCAUAUCUGGCCUCCCAUCCACGUACCAAGUGACUGAGUCAGCUACUUUAAGACUGGACUGUAGUUCACACACAACACAGGGCAACCCAUCUGCAACAACCUACAGUUGGUCACAUGGAGGGUCAUCUGUCGGUAGAGGAGCUGUACUGACAAGAAGCAGCAUCAGUAGGAGUCAGGGAGGGGCGUACACCUGUACUGCCAGAAACACAGUAGGAUCAGAAUCUGCCUCCGUCAACGUAGACGUAAGAUAUUCACCUGAAAUAUCUGGCCUCCCAUCCAUGUACCAAGUGACUGAGUCAGCCACUUUAAGGCUGGACUGUAGUUCAUAUACAACACAGGGCAAUCCUUCUGCAACAUCCUACACUUGGUCACAUGGAGGGUCAACUGUCGGUAGAGGAGCUGUACUGACAAGAAGCAGCAUCAGUAGGAGUCAGGGAGGGGCGUACACCUGUACUGUCAGAAACACAGUAGGAUCGGACUCUGCCUCCGUCAACGUGACCAUACUAUAUUCACCUGAAAUAUCUGGCCUCCCAUCCACGUACCAAGUGACUGAGUCAGCCACUUUAAGGCUGGACUGUAGUUCAUAUACAACACAGGGCAAUCCUUCUGCAACAUCCUACACUUGGUCACAUGGAGGGUCAACUGUCGGUAGAGGAGCUGUACUGACAAGAAGCAGCAUCAGUAGGAGUCAGGGAGGGGCGUACACCUGUACUGUCAGAAACACAGUAGGAUCGGACUCUGCCUCCGUCAACGUGACCAUACUAUAUUCACCUGAAAUAUCUGGCCUCCCAUCCACGUACCAAGUGACUGAGUCAGCCACUUUAAGGCUGGACUGUAGUUCAUAUACAACACAUGGCAAUCCUUCUGCAACAUCCUACACUUGGUCACAUGGAGGGUCAACUGUCGGUAGAGGAGCUGUACUGACAAGAAGCAGCAUCAGUAGGAGUCAGGGAGGGGCGUACACCUGUACUGUCAGAAACACAGUAGGAUCGGACUCUGCCUCCGUCAACGUGACCAUACUAUAUUCACCUGAAAUAUCUGGCCUCCCAUCCACGUACCAAGUGAUUGAGUCAGCUACUUUAAGACUGGACUGUAGUUCAUAUACAACACAGGGCAACCCACAAGCAGCAACCUACAGUUGGUCACAUGGAGGGUCAUCUGUCGGUAGAAGAGCUGUACUGACAAGAAGCAGCAUCAGUAGGAGUCAGGGAGGGGCGUACACCUGUACUGUCAGAAACACAGUAGGAUCAGACUCUGCCUCCGUCAACGUGACCAUACUAUAUUCACCUGCCGUAUCUGGCCUCCCAUCAACAUACCAAGUGACUGAGUCAGCUACUUUAAGACUGGACUGUAGUUCAUAUACAACACAUGGCUACCCUUCUGCAACAACCUACAGUUGGUCACAUGGAGGGUCAUCUGUCGGGAGAGGAGCUGUACUGACAAGAAUCAGCAUCAGUAGGAGUCAGGGAGGGGAAUACACCUGUACUGCCAGUAACACAGUAGGAUCAGACAUCGCCUCCGUCAACGUAACCAUACUAUAUUCACCUGCCAUAUCUGGCCUCCCAUCCACGCACCAAGUGACUGAGUCAGCUACUUUAAGACUGGACUGUAGUUCACACACAACAAUUGGCAACCCAUCUGCAACAACCUACAGUUGGUCACAUGGAGGGUCAACUGUCAGUAGAGGAGCUGUACUGACAAGAAGCAGUAUCAGUAGAAGUCGGGGAGGGGCGUACACCUGUACUGCCAGAAACACAGUAGGAUCAGACUCUGCCUCCGUCAACGUAGACAUAAGAUAUUCACCUGAUAUAUCUGGCCUCCCAUCCACGUACCAAGUGAAUGAGUCAGCCACUUUAAGACUGGACUGUAGUUCAUAUACAACACAUGGCAACCCUUCUGCAACAACCUACAGUUGGUCACAUGGAGGGUCAUCUGUCGGUAGAAGAGCUGUACUGACAAGAAGCAGCAUCAGUAGGAGUCAGGGAGGGGCGUACACCUGUACUGUCAGGAACACAGUAGGAUCAGACAUCGCCUCCGUCAACGUGACCAUACUAUAUUCACCUGACAUAUCUGGCCUCCCAUCCACGUACCAAGUGACUGAGUCAGCUACUUUAAGACUGGACUGUAGUUCACACACAACACAGGGCAACCCAUCUGCAACAACCUACAGUUGGUCACAUGGAGGGUCAUCUGUCGGUAGAAGAGCUGUACUGACAAGAAGCAGCAUCAGUAGGAGUCAGGGAGGGGCGUACACCUGUACUGCUAGAAACACAGUAGGAUCAGACUCUGCCUCCGUCAACGUAGACGUAAGAUAUUCACCUGAAAUAUCUGGCCUCCCAUCCACGUACCAAGUGACUGAGUCAGCCACUUUAAGGCUGGACUGUAGUUCAUAUACAACACAGGGCAAUCCUUCUGCAACAUCCUACACUUGGUCACAUGGAGGGUCAACUGUCGGUAGAGGAGCUGUACUGACAAGAAGCAGCAUCAGUAGGAGUCAGGGAGGGGCGUACACCUGUACUGUCAGAAACACAGUAGGAUCGGACUCUGCCUCCGUCAACGUGACCAUACUAUAUUCACCUGAAAUAUCUGGCCUCCCAUCCACGUACCAAGUGACUGAGUCAGCCACUUUAAGGCUGGACUGUAGUUCAUAUACAACACAUGGCAAUCCUUCUGCAACAUCCUACACUUGGUCACAUGGAGGGUCAACUGUCGGUAGAGGAGCUGUACUGACAAGAAGCAGCAUCAGUAGGAGUCAGGGAGGGGCGUACACCUGUACUGUCAGAAACACAGUAGGAUCGGACUCUGCCUCCGUCAACGUGACCAUACUAUAUUCACCUGCCAUAUCUGGCCUCCCAUCAACAUACCAAGUGACUGAGUCAGCUACUUUAAGACUGGACUGUAGUUCAUAUACAACACAUGGCUACCCUUCUGCAACAACCUACAGUUGGUCACAUGGAGGGUCAACUGUCAGUAGAAGAGCUGUACUGACAAGAAGCAGCAUCAGUAGGAGUCAGGGAGGGGCGUACACCUGUACUGCCAGAAACACAGUAGGAUCAGACUCUGCCUCCGUCAACGUAGACGUAAGAUAUUCACCUGAAAUAUCUGGCCUCCCAUCAACGUUCCAAGUGACUGAGUCAGCUACUUUAAGACUGGACUGUAGUUCAUAUACAACACAUGGCAACCCUUCUGCAACAACCUACAGUUGGUCACAUGGAGGGUCAUCUGUCGGUAGAAGAGCUGUACUGACAAGAAGCAGCAUCAGUAGGAGUCAGGGAGGGGCGUACACCUGUACUGUCAGAAACACAGUAGGAUCAGACUCUGCCUCCGUCAACGUGACCAUACUAUAUUCACCUGCCAUAUCUGGCCUCCCAUCAACAUACCAAGUGACUGAGUCAGCUACUUUAAGACUGGACUGUAGUUCAUAUACAACACAUGGCUACCCUUCUGCAACAACCUACACUUGGUCACAUGGAGGGUCAACUGUCAGUAGAAGAGCUGUACUGACAAGAAGCAGCAUCAGUAGGAGUCAGGGAGGGGCGUACACCUGUACUGCCAGAAACACAGUAGGAUCAGACUCUGCCUCCGUCAACGUAGACGUAAGAUAUUCACCUGAAAUAUCUGGCCUCCCAUCCACGUACCAAGUGAAUGAGUCGGCUACUUUAAGACUGGACUGUAGUUCAUAUACAAGACAGGGCAACCCACAAGCAGCAACCUACAGUUGGUCACAUGGAGGGUCAUCUGUCGGUAGAGGAGCUGUACUGACAAGAAGCAGCAUCAGUAGGAGUCAGGGAGGGGCGUACACCUGUACUGUCAGAAACACAGUAGGAUCAGACUCUGCCUCCGUCAACGUAACCAUACUAUAUUCACCUGAAAUAUCUGGCCUCCCAUCAACGUUCCAAGUGACUGAGUCAGCUACUUUAAGACUGGACUGUAGUUCAUAUACAACACAUGGCAACCCUUCUGCAACAACCUACAGUUGGUCACAUGGAGGGUCAUCUGUCGGUAGAAGAGCUGUACUGACAAGAAGCAGCAUCAGUAGGAGUCAGGGAGGGGCGUACACCUGUACUGUCAGAAACACAGUAGGAUCAGACUCUGCCUCCGUCAACGUAACCAUACUAUAUUCACCUGAAAUAUCUGGCCUCCCAUCAACGUUCCAAGUGACUGAGUCAGCUACUUUAAGACUGGACUGUAGUUCAUAUACAACACAUGGCAACCCUUCUGCAACAACCUACAGUUGGUCACAUGGAGGGUCAUCUGUCGGUAGAAGAGCUGUACUGACAAGAAGCAGCAUCAGUAGGAGUCAGGGAGGGGCGUACACCUGUACUGUCAGAAACACAGUAGGAUCAGACUCUGCCUCCGUCAACGUGACCAUACUAUAUUCACCUGCCAUAUCUGGCCUCCCAUCAACAUACCAAGUGACUGAGUCAGCUACUUUAAGACUGGACUGUAGUUCAUAUACAACACAUGGCUACCCUUCUGCAACAACCUACACUUGGUCACAUGGAGGGUCAACUGUCAGUAGAAGAGCUGUACUGACAAGAAGCAGCAUCAGUAGGAGUCAGGGAGGGGCGUACACCUGUACUGCCAGAAACACAGUAGGAUCAGACUCUGCCUUCGUCAACGUAGACGUAAGAUAUUCACCUGAAAUAUCUGGCCUCCCAUCCACGUACCAAGUGAAUGAGUCAGCUACUUUAAGACUGGACUGUAGUUCAUAUACAAGACAGGGCAACCCACAAGCAGCAACCUACAGUUGGUCACAUGGAGGGUCAUCUGUCGGUAGAAGAGCUGUACUGACAAGAAGCAGCAUCAGUAGGAGUCAGGGAGGGGCGUACACCUGUACUGUUAGAAACGCAGUAGGAUCAGACUCUGCCCCAGUCAAUGUGGAUGUCCAGUAUCCACCUGUACUCUCUGGUGUUCCACUCGAUUACCAAGUGAUGGAAAAUUCUCCAGUGUCGAUCAACUGUACGCGUUACACUUCCCCAGGCAACCCGUCAACAACUAACUACACAUGGAGCUAUGGGACAUCUACCGUUAGUACAAAGGCGGUACUUCAACUAAACAACAUUAAAAGAACUGCAAGAGGACAAUACACCUGCACUGUCAGCAAUGCUGUAGGGAAGGAGGCAGCCUCAGUCACAAUUGAUGUUCAGUAUUCACCAACACUAUCUGGCUUUCCCUCAACCUACCAAGUGAUUAAAUCCUCCAAACUGUGGAUAGACUGUAGCAAUUAUACAACUGAUGGCAACCCUGCUACAACAGACUACUCCUGGGUCUUCAAAGGGUCCACUGUCAGUUCUGGCGCAGUGCUGAAAAUAGACGCAAUACGUGGGAACCAGGGAGGACGGUACACCUGUACUGCCAGUAACACACUUUCACCAAGUGGGGGGUCUCAACAACAGGGGGUGGCCACAGCUCAGGUUGGCGUGGUUGUACAGUAUGUCCCUUCAAUAUCUGGUCUCCCGUCUACUCUUUGGGUGGUAGAAGAAUCACAACUGUGGAUCAACUGCAGUAACUACACUUCACGAGGCAACCCGGCAACAACUAACUACACAUGGAGCUAUGGACAGUCAGUGAUCAGUACUGAGGAAGUACUUCAAAUAGACGACGUUAACAGAACUGAAAGAGGACAGUACACUUGCACUGUCAGCAACCUUGUUGGGUCGGAGUCUGCUUCUGUCAGCGUUGACGUACAAUACGCUCCACUGACAUCUGUGUUUCCUUCGACGUACCGAGUAACUGAGUCAUCUAAUCUCAGGAUAGACUGUAGCAGUUACACCACAGCAGGGAAUCCUCCCAGUACAAGCUACAUGUGGACCUAUGGCGGUUCUACUGUCAGUACAGGGGCGGUUCUUGCCAGAAGGAACAUCAGCCCUGAUCAGGGAGGACAAUACACCUGCAUUGCCAGCAACACUUUGACACCAUACGUAGGGACUCCACGACAAGGCAUAGCAACAGCACAAAUCAAUGUGGAUGUUCAGUAUGCCCCUUCAAUAUCUGGUCUCCCGUCUACUCUUUGGGUGGUAGAAGAAUCCCAACUGUGGAUCAACUGCAGUAACUACAUUUCACCAGGCAACCCGGCAACAACUAACUACACAUGGAGCUAUGAACAAUCAGUGUUCAGUACUGAGGAAGUACUUCAGAUAGACAACAUUAACAGAACUGAAAGAGGACAGUACACUUGCACUGUCAGCAACCUUGUUGGGUCGGAGUCUGCUUCCGUCAGUGUCGACGUACAAUAUGUGCCAUCUAUAUCUGGCUUUCCCCCAAUGUUCCGGGUGAUCGAGUCUUCAAGAUUGUGGAUCGACUGUGGAGCAUACGCCACGCAUGGGCAUCCAGCAGUAACACGCUAUUCUUGGACCUUCAAUGGUUCCCAAGUCAGUGCCAGUUCUCUGCUUGGAAUAGACGGCAUCAGUAGAGGCCAAGCAGGACAGUAUACCUGUACUGCCCGCAACACUCUGACACCAAGUGGAGGAUCUGAACAGCAAGGAGAAGCAACAGCCAAGGUUAACGUUGACGUGCAGUACCCACCAACACUUACCGCAUUACCGUCAACGAGGAGAGUCACAGAGAUGUCCACAUUAAGGAUUAACUGUCACAGUGCCACUACACCAGGCAACCCAUCAGUGACAAGCUACACAUGGACAUAUAAAGGUUCUAGCGUCAGUAAGGAGGCUGUGUUGACUGUGUACAAUAUCAGCAGGAGUCAGAAGGGGGAAUAUGUAUGCACAGCUAGUAACACUCUGACCCCAAGUGGAGACUCUCAACGGCAGGGUACAGUCGACACACAUAUCAAUGUUGAAGUCGAGUUUCCCCCUUCAAUAUCCGGACUCCCGUCUACUCACUGGGUGGUGGAAGAAUCACAACUGUGGAUCAACUGUAGCAAGUACACCUCACCCGGCAACCCGGCAACAACCAACUACACAUGGAUCUAUGGACAAUCAGUGUUCAGUAAUGAGGAAGUUCUUCAAGUAGACAGCAUCAACAGGACCAAGGCUGGACAGUACACCUGCACUGUCAGCAAUGUUGUUGGGUCGGAGUCAGCUUCCGUCACUGUUGAUGUACAAUAUGCACCAUCUCUAUCUGGCUUCCCGUCUUCCUACCAAGUAGUUGAAAACAGUGAUCUCUGGAUCAACUGUAGGAACUAUACUUCACCCGGCAAGCCUGGUAGAAGUAACUACACAUGGAGCUAUGAGGGAUCUGUGUUCAAUGCCGUGGCUGUUCUUCAAGACCGUGGCAUCAACAGAACUGCAGGAGGUCUAUACACAUGCACAGUUAACAACGAAGUCGGUUCAGAUUCAGCCACAGUCAAUGUCAUUGUACAGUAUGCUCCUUCUUUGUCUGACUUCCCAUCGUCUUACGGAGUGAUAGAGACAUCCAGAGUGUGGGUAGACUGUAGCAGCUACAUCGUCCAAGGACACCCUCCGACGACAAACUUCACUUGGACAUUGAACAGUUCUGUCAUCAGCACAAGUUCUGUGUUGGAAAUACACAACACUAGAAGGAAUCAAGAAGGGCAGUACACCUGUACAGCUUAUAACACUCUCACACCAAGUGAAGGACCUCAACAGUUAGGCUCAGCUACAGGACAGGUUUUACUGGACAUACAGUACCCACCAACUAUCUCUGGGUUACCAUCAGUGAUGAACGUCACGGAGUUCUCUUCAUUCAGUGUGGACUGCAGCAAUGUAACUACCCCGGGAAACCCAGGAGGCACAAGCUACACUUGGACACACAAUGGUUACACUGUCAGUGCAGAGCCACAGCUUGUACUAGAGAUCAUGAGUAGGAACCAGAGUGGACUGUACACCUGCACAGCCAGCAACAUGCUCAGACCAAGUGGAGGCAGGCUACAACUGGGGACAGCAAGCGAACCUGUUAGUGUGGAUGUGCAGUAUGGUCCCAGGAAUAGUGUAACUAUUUCUCUAUCAGGAUCACUGAGUAUGGUUGAGGGAACCGGUGCUUUCACUGCCACCUGCACUGCCGAGUGUAACCCAAGCUGCAAUAUAACAUGGAGGAAAGACAACAUCCCCUUGGCAGGCCAGAUGAGUCUCAGCAAUGUGUCCAGAACAGACCAGGGGGACUACACCUGUCAGGCACAAAACGGCAUUGGUGACUCUCAGGAAAAGAACAUCAGACUCACUGUAUACACUCCACCCUCUGUACCCACAGACUUCCAGGUGGCUGCUGUGACUGACACAUCUGUGUCUCUACAGUGGACCUCCAGCUUCAAUGGUGGGGCUGACCAGACGUUCACUCUCCUGUACAAGUCGGACUUGGAGUCUCAUUGGUUGACAUGGAACGACAACAUAGCCGAUCCAGGAAGUAGUCAUCACGUCAGUGUGCACAUCCAAGGACUGACACCUGCCGUGACGUACCACUUCCAGUUGUAUGCUACUAAUGUCUAUGGUGAAGGGGAGAUAACAGUGUUAAAUACAACAACCACCCUAUCCAAAACAUCAGUCAUGAGCAAACAUGGAAUUACAAUCGGCCUUGCAGCUGGACUCGGUAUUCUGGUUGUGGUUGCCCUCGUCACCGUCUCGGUGGUUCUUUGUCGGAGACAGACCCAGCACACUUUGGUUGUAGGUGGAGAGGAACCUACAAACCUACCUAUGAAUUCGUUCAUGCCUCGACCCAGUCCAUUCCAGCAUGAUUCUGUUGACGUGAACACCAAGAGCUGCGAUGUCACCAAACAGAGCUGUGAGGAUUAGUGUCCAUUGAUGGAUUCUUCCUGGUUAUUUACAAUCCAUAUCAGCUGAAGACAGAUGCCUGCUUUGCCAUCUAUUCUGAACAACUAGUUUAAAUCCCAUGUACUUUACUGCUUUGUCUUUGGUGUCUUUUCUGUACGUUGUUGAUAUUUUAAGAUUGUGUUAAGGGCUCUCAUGCUGGUGAUGAUGUGUAUUGUUGACUGAAAGUAUAUCAAGUGAUGGAGGGUGCUUUAUGAUAUAUUCUAGUAUAAGGGGGUAACUUGUGUCAUGAUACGUGUACGGACAGUGUAUGGAGUAUAUAACGUGAUGGAGGGUGCUGUAUAAUAUAUUGUAGUAUAAGGGGUAACUUGUGUCAUGAUACGCGUACGGACAGUGUAAGGAGUAUAUAACGUGAUGGAGGGUGCUUUAUAAUAUAUUGUAGUAUAAGGGGGUAACUUGUGUCAUGAUACGUGUACGGGCAGUGUAUGGAGUAUAUAACGUGAUGGAAGGUGCUUUAUGAUAUAUUCUAGUAUAAGGGGUAACUUGUGUCAUGAUACGUGUACGGGCAGUGUAUGGAGUAUAUCAAGUGAUGGCAGGUGCUGUAUAAUAUAUUGUAGUAUAAUGGGGUAACUUGUGUCAUGAUACGUGUACGGGCAGUGUAUGGAGUAUAUCAAGUGAUGGAAGGUGCUGUAUAAUAUAUUGUAGUAUAAGGGGUAACUUGUGUCAUGAUACGUGUACGGGCAGUGUAUGGAGUAUGUAAAGUGAUGGAAGGUGCUUUAUGAUAUAUUCUAGUAUAAGGGGUAACUUGUGUCAUGAUACGCGUACGGGCAGUGUAUAGAGUAUAUCAAAUGAUGGCAGGUGCUGUAUUAUUAUUGUAGUAUAAGGGGUAACUUGUGUCAUGAUACGUGUACGGGCAGUGUAUGGAGUAUAUCAAGUGAUGGAAGGUGCUGUAUAAUAUAUUGUAGUAUAAGGGGGUAACUUGUGUCAUGAUACGUGUACGGGCAGUGUAUGGAGUAUAUCAAAUGAUGGCAGGUGUGUUACAAUAGGUGUAGUACAAGGGGGUAAUGUAUAUUAUGAUACGUGUACGGGCAGUGUAUGAAGUUUAUUGUAAAUGGAUGAAGAACGAAUGUGGCGGACGAAGGACAAUAGAAUAAAUGGGAGGACAGUUAGAACGUUAGAACUGUUCGAUUUAUUCAAUAAUGGAAUGAAGACGUGUGUUGAUUGUAACAUUCUCUCUGGGACAGUUUGAUGAUAGCAAUGUGUCUAACUAUAUAAUGAUAUAUAU